UUGGUUCUUCACCUCCAGCCGCUGCAGUUAGAUGAAUUUUAUAGAAAACAUGGUGAGAUUUAGUUUUUUAACUCAGGGCUUAUUUUUGUCUUUUGCAGCCUUCCUGUUGGCGUCUGACUCCAGUCUGAUGAAAGUCCCUCAGAGUCACAGAGCCGCUGGAGUCUUUAUGCUCAUCUAAGGAGGAAAAUACACCUUUAACUUCACCGCUGCCAGAGCUGCCUGCCUAUUUCUGAACGUCACCAUGGCAACCAGGGCUCAGAUGGAGCGAGCGGUGCAGCGUGGACUGGAGACGUGCAAAUUUGGCUGGAUAGCCGAACAGAUCGCAGUCGUCCCACGAAUCACUUCUGACAAAAACUGCGGACAGGGCAAAACCGGGGUGGUGACGUGGUUCGCAGUGCCAGAACAGAAGUUUGGUGUCUUCUGCUUCAACGUGUCAGAGGAAACACCAAACACAUCGACAGCCGGCCCUCAGAGCUCCACCACGCUGACAUCACAGACCCAAACCUCCACAGCUGCCACGCCUCCGCUCACAUCAACGACCACGUCUCCACCCUCAGUGACGCCCGCAGCCUCUGAGCACACGACUUUAACUCCAGCUCUCCUCACUGAGACAACACAGUCAGCUGAGACUUCCUCCGCCUCCACCACCCUGAGUCCUGUCUCCACCCAUGUUCCUGCUUUUGUUUCCCACCUUAUCACCUCUAAACCCACUGUCACCGUCACUUUGGUCGGCUCUGCUUCUGCUCGUUCCUCCAGUUCCACUGUUUCCUCUGAGUCAGUGACGCCGCGGCCGACAGGUUCAAGAAACCCUCCUCUGGGAGACGUACCGACGGCGCUCAUUGUUCUUGGCAUCAUCCUCCUGCUCCUGGCAGCAGCGGGCGUCGUGUGGUACUACAAGCUGAAUAUUUUCACCCUCUGGUCUCCGGCGCAGCUGAAAGACGACACAGAGACAGAGAUGUGGAAGCACACCGACAGUGAGAUGGACCUGCACGAAGAGGAAGAAGAAGAAUCAGACAGGAAGUACUCCAGUGACAUCACACUGUGUGUGAAUCCAGACAUCAAGACAAAUUCCUCAGAGGGGAGUUUCUGAAGCAGGAUGAAGGAAUGAUAAAUGUCAGUAAAUGUUUUAAACACAUGUCUAUAAGUACUUGGAUGGGUUAAUUGAACCUAUCAGAGUGACUGUAAACAUGCAGAAACAUUUAAUGACAUUUUUCUCCAAACUUUUACUGAGCCAGAAAAGUGUUCAGUUAUUCAGCGUGUCUGUCCCUCUGUGUUUGUGUGCAUGAACACUCAGUUUACCCCAAAAUAUCUUCUUUACAAUUUUGGAAUAAAUUGACUCAGUUUUUUUAAUCAAA